GCUAUAAAAGAAGGCGGCACGUUCCGCCGGGUAGCGCGUGGCUGGAAAGGAGAAGAGGGUGUGUCUGUGUGUUAUGGCUACUAUGCUGCAGGUGUCUGCUCAAAAGUGGAGUGAGGAGGUGAAUCAGACUAACAAAGCAGCUCUUCUGGCUUGGGUGAAAGAGACAGGAAUCCAGUUAGUGCAGAUCAAUGGCCAGAGAAAAUAUGGCGGCCCUCCACCAGGCUGGGCUGGCAGUGUCCCACCAUCUGGUACAGAGGUUUUCAUUGGGAAGAUCCCACAGGAUAUCUAUGAAGACAAACUCAUUCCUCUUUUCCAAAGUGUAGGGAAACUGUAUGAAUUUCGCCUCAUGAUGACGUUCAGUGGCCUUAACAGAGGUUUCGCAUAUGCCAAAUAUAUGAACCGCCACAGUGCCCAGGAGGCCAUUGUUGUGCUCAACAACUUUGAAAUCCAGCCCGGCCACCCCAUUCUGGUCUGCAGAAGCACAGACAAAUGUGAACUCUGCAUUGAUGGCCUGGCUUCCUCCGUGAAAGAGCACCAGCUUUUGCCACUGCUUCAGGAACUCACCACAGGGGUGCUGAGCCUCUCUUUGCACCCCAGCCCUUACAAGAAGCAGAGACAACUUGCAGAGGUGAAAUACACCACCCAUCAGGCUGCAGCAAUAGCCAAGAAAUCUCUGGUAGAAGGUACUUUGUGUCUCUUUGGAGACCAGAUUGAAGUGGAUUGGCUGAAACCCAGCAUAAAGCAGGAGGUCCACAAGGGUGCCCCAGUUCAGGAUGUCCCAGAGAUCCUACCAUUCAGUCACACUCGGAGAGAUGCCCCUAGCCAAGGGCCUUCUGAGCCUGCAGAUUGCCAUAUGUUAUCAGCUGUGGGCAGUGUGGUGGACUAUCUGAAAUUGGAGUGUGAGAAGCGACAGCUGGGGCCCCCUCAGUUCUACACAAAGUGUGUACAGAGGAAUCCAGAAGGUUGGCUGCAGUUUUGGUAUCAGGUGACCAUACCCAGUUGCCCAUCUCCUUUCAGUGGGUUAAUCUGGAUCAAGCCAGAUCACUCUCGAUUGGAAGACCAUGAGAAAGUCAAGAAUACAGUAGCCUUGCAGCUGCUGAAAGUGCUGGGGUUACCAGUUGUGUAAGACAUAGAACUGCUCUGAAGUUUGAGAGGGCCCGUGUGCCUCCUUGAAUGUAACACAAACCCAUAUGGACAGUGGGUGCCUGGUCUUGUUUGUCAUUUGUAACUGGCAUGCAUUGUUUCUUUUGGGGCAUUUUUUCCCUAUCAUUUCAGUAUUGCUAAAAUGUUUUGUGUUUUGUUCUUUGAACAACCCCCAUUCUUUAGGGAAGGGGAGUGGAAGAAAGGUUAUGUGCCUCUUCCUAAGCAAGUGAAGUAAGUGAGGGUAUUCUGUGUGCUGAGUACUAGGUUUUCCUUCCUAAAGCAAGUACUGUGUUAAGACUAAAUGUAAAGGCUAAAGUAGACACUAUAUUAUGUAGUGAGUAAGGAAGCCUCAUUUUCUUCCAAAUAAGUGCACAGGAGCCCAAGCUGAUCAUCACGCAGAGAUAGGAGAAACUUAAACCUACCCUCCCCAGUUGGGGUUUCCUUAAAUUCAGCCACACUUUCCUCUCCAGGGCUGAUAAAAGAGGGGGAAACUUGAUUGAUGCCCUUGGCCCUUCUACUGAGAUACAGGGGUUCUAAGUCACAUUGAAUCCCUGUCCACAUAAGACAAAAAGGAAGAUUUCCUUACAUACUACUUGUUUAAUGCAACUUUAGGUUCAUCUGUUAGCAUGCCAGUCACGAUUCAGUUUCAAGAGUAAGGAGACAGUUUUUCUUUAUUAAAAUAUUAUUGUUUUUUGUAUUUCUUAAAUUUGGAAUAUGUUUUCAGUUAUGUUUGGAGUAUGUUUUCAUUUGUUUGUACAAUAGUUUCAACUGCUUUGCAGUCAGGGUGAUGUUUCUGACUACUUUCUGGUGCCUCUUAAUAAGCACAACGCAGCUCCUGUACCAACCAGGUGGCUUUUUAACACAGGAAACUAUUCCUAAUGAAUGAUAAUAUAUGCAAAUAAGGAUUUCAAGUAAAAAAGAUAUACAUCA